GGAGGGGGGGGUAGCGACAGAGCUGGUGCUGAUGACGGAGGCGGGUUUGUUGUGAUGAUUGGAGAGCACGGAGGGAAGGCGUCCAGGAGCUUCACUCCCAUCGCCGACCUCGGUAUCGACACCGGCGGGGGAUCGGGGAGAGGCACGCUGGACCAGCUGCGACGGAGCUACACGGCGAAGGAUGCAUCGUCCUCCUCCACCGCCUCGAAGCCGGGGUCGAGACCCACCGUGAAGGUGGGAAAGCGACUACGCGACGAGAUCGCUCCCAAGCAGAAGCGCUUUGACGAUCCCAGUGCGACAGCGGCGACAGCAGCACCUUCAUCCAAGGGUUUUGGUGGCGAUG